AAACUUGGUAUCGUUUUGCAAAAUGGCGAUAGUUCGUCUGUGUUGUUAGUCUAAUUGAUCGACUUGUUUGUUAAAAAAAAAAGAAAUUUCUGCCGCGAACAGAGCAAUCCCGAUCCUGAAAUUGACCAUUCUCAUUGAUACAUUUAGUUAAAGCUCCCUGGCAAACAAUGAACAGUGAAUGUAGCAUUUGUUUCGAAAUUGUUCGAUCAGACGGAACUCAGAAACCGCUCGUAACACCUUGCGGUCAUUUGUUUCACGAUAAUUGCAUCACUAGUUGCUUGCACAAUCACGGCACUGGUAAGUGUCCGCAAUGUAAUCAACCGAUAAAAAUGUCCAGCUUGAUUCGUUUGUAUAUCAACGAGCCGGAAAAUUCGAUUCGAGCUAAAGAUGAACUGAUUGAACAAUUGAGGACCCAGUUAAAGGAAUUGAAUGAAAAGGCUCAGCUCCAGUAUGACUUGAUAUUAUCGUUGAAUCGGCAAAUAGAUCUGGAGAGAGAGUUGAGUGGAAGGGGAACACGCGACAGCUAUAGCGAAUCUAACGCGGGGAAUACCAUGUCGCAAAGAUGCGUAGUAGCUCCAGCUAAACUGAAUUUACCGAGAAGAGUAAUAAAAGGCACCACGCGACAAUCCCAAGGGGCAGCGAACUUCAAUGACUUGACCGUUACUCAGCCAGUUUCGCAAGGCUUUGCAUUCGGAUCGAGUUCAGACACACGACAAGUUCAAGGAGCUUCAAACUUCAAUUUCCCGACCGUUGAUCAACCAAUUUCGCAAGGACUUUCAAUCGAAUCGAGUUCAGGCGUACAACCAGUUCAAAAAACCAAUCAAUCAAUUCCGAAAGGCUUUGCAUUCGGAUCGACUUCUGGGAUUAGGGAUUUUUUCAACGCGGGUGCGAGCAACGUUUUUGCAAAAAUCUAUGACGAAUCCGACACAUCAGCUGCGGUCGAUCAGAAUAUUUUCAGGUUCGGACGCGAUGCCACCAACAAUUCGAAAUCAGCUGGUCAAAAUACUAAUCUCUUUGCGCCAAAAACUAAUAUGCAGACGAAGAAGCCUCUUUUCGCGUUUACAUCAUCAAUCGAUGAAUUGGGGUUGGAUACCUGGCUAAAGAGUAGAUCGAAAAUUGCUAGUCAGGAAGAAGCUGGUGCCGCGGGUGUGACGUGUCCGAAUGUGUUUGCUACGUUUAAAUCUAAGUCCGGUGAAAAUACCGCCAAGAGUGAGACGAAGGAUAAUGUUGUCCAAGAUGCAAUCGUCGUUGAUGAUCCGAGUGAAUCUGUGAGUGUCACUGAUGACGUUGCAGGUACCGUUCCAGUAAAGGAAGAAGCGUAGGGUCUAAGUCUCUCAGUAGGGCACUCUGAUCUUGAAUUUUGUUCAUUGUUCGUUUCUUUGCGAUAUUUUUUCAUUAAACAACUUUUCC